UUGGAGUGCAAAUAGUUCUGUCCCUGCUAGGGCUGAUGUCACUGAACCGAGUGCAUUUAGGAUGCUCAUUUCUCUAUUUGCUUCAUUUGGAAACAGAUAUAUGCAUAUAUAUUAUUAAUGGAUUCAAGGCGCUUUUCUUCCUAAGUAAUUUGGGUGUCUCUUUCCUCUGUUUUAGUCAAAUGUGGAAGAGUAGUUACUUAAUUAGUUGAGUUGGAGUCAAUAAAGUAGGCUGUAUACCAGUGCAGUCUGGAUGGGAAGCCUUUGCAACUGAUACCGUCCUCAGCAGCUGAGCAUCAGAGCGUUUCCUCCCCCAGCCUAAACUUGCAAAAUGACCACAUCCAGCAGGCAAAGCUCUUCUACAUCUAUGGUCAACAACGUGGCAAAAAUGUUUGAUCCAAAUGCUUUGCAAAGCCAGAGGUCUGAUAAUACAAUGGAGCCCCCGCAGAUUCGUCGUGUUGUAAGCAGUGAUGUCAGCACUGAAGGUUUUAAUGUCAUGGAUAUGAAGUUUGCCUUCCUUGAACAGAAAAUAGAUAAGCUGUUGAUGCUGCAAGACAAUGUGCUUAAGAAACUGAACAGCGUUUCCCAAGAAAUCUAUUGCAUUGAAAAAGAUAUCAAGAUUGUAAAAGCGGAGACAUCUGAGCCUGGAUUGAAAAUGGAAAGAAGCAAAAAUCUGAGAAAUAAUCACAUGAAGAGGCUUUGCCUUAAGAUGAAGAAAUCUCUUUCUGAUAUAAACAGGAAUGCAGAGCAGCAAGUUAAAAGACUGGAUGGACUGGAACAAAGCGUUUCUGCAAUACAGAAGCUUGUAGGGCCUCUGGCUGAGAAGGUUAAAGCAUUAAUAAUUCAUCAUUCAUGUGGAAAACAUCAUAUUCUGAAACGUAAGCUUUGCAAGGCAGGUGAUUAUACAAAAGCAGCUGGACAUGGUUUUGGGAUGCAGAUUUUCUCAGCGACAACAGCUGAUGCUCUGCUCAAGAAGAGGAGUGAAAAGGUCGUCAAAGAAAAGUUGCAUUUGAGUGAGACGGGAACAAAUUCGAUACAAGAGGAGGAACCACCAGAUUCAGCAGAGGGGGUCAUCCAGAACAGCCAGUCCUGUUGUCACGAAGAAGAAGUCGAUAAGCUCAACAAGGAAAAUGCUGAGAGGGAAAGUACUGUUCUGCUACAGAUGGAUCCUCCUGAAUCUCAUUCUGAAGAAACAGAGGAGAAAGAAGAAAUAGCUUUUGAAAGCUGCUACAGGAGAAGCUCAGUACAGGAAGAAGAUGAUGCUGUUGAUGAUGCUUGUCAAAGGAUAACUGGGCAGGAGAUAGAGAGGGAGUCAGCAGAUGAGGAGACGAAGGAGGAGCAACAGGUGCCUGGAGUUGAAGAACAAGAAGAGAGGAUGAAUGAAGGGGAGGGAGUUGAUAGUAAUAAUGAAAAAGAGGAUGAGGAGCCAUCAGCAUCUUCCCAAAAUGAAGAUGAGGCAGGACAAAGCCAUGAUCAAGAGGCACCGGAGGGAACGUGUAAAGGCUGUGGAAAAGAUGAUACUUCUACUCCACCAGCACCAUUUGAUCACCGGAUUGUUUCAGCCAAAACGGUGGGCAUCAGCAGUUAUUAUAAUGUCAACAGGAAUGAAAUCUUGGGAGGAGGACGAUUUGGUAUGGUACACAAAUGUGAAGAGAAAGCAACAGGUCUCAAGCUAGCAGCCAAAAUUAUAAAAGCCAGAGGAGAUAAAGAGAAGAAUGAAGUAAAGAAUGAAAUCAGUGUCAUGAACCAGUUGAAUCAUGUGAAUCUUAUCCAGCUCUAUGACGCCUUUGAGUCAAAAAAUGACAUUGUCCUAGUCAUGGAAUAUGUGGAAGGAGGUGAAUUAUUUGAUCGAAUAAUUGAUGAGAACUGCAAUUUGACAGAAAUGGAUACAAUCUCAUUCAUAAAACAGAUCUGCGAGGGAAUUCAGUACAUGCACCAGAUGUACAUCCUUCACUUGGAUCUAAAGCCUGAGAAUAUCCUGUGCGUGAACCGAUCUGCAAAUCAAAUAAAAAUUAUUGAUUUUGGAUUGGCAAGAAGAUAUAAACCCAGGGAAAAACUUCGAGUAAACUUUGGAACUCCUGAAUUUCUUGCUCCUGAAGUUGUGAAUUAUGAAUUUGUCUCCUUUCCUACAGACAUGUGGAGUGUAGGAGUCAUUGCUUACAUGCUCCUCAGUGGAUUGUCUCCUUUUUUGGGUGAUGAUGACAACGAGACUCUCAACAAUAUCCUGGCCUGCAGCUGGGAUUUUGAAGAUGAGGAGUUUCAAGAUGUUUCUGAGCAAGCCAAAGAUUUCAUCUCUAAGCUUCUCAUCAAGGAAAAAUGCUGGAGAAUAAGUGCAACUGCUGCCUUAAAACACCCAUGGUUAUCAGACCACAGGCUCCACUGCAGGCUCCAGAAAGUUAAAGGAGACUGUGAUUGCCGGGCACCUUCAGAUCCGUAAUCUCUGAAAGAGCUGCAAAACAGAAGAAAAGCUGCUGUGUGGUUACUGCUGCUAAGAGAUUGGAAAAUAUCAGCAGUCUUGGUGCUUUACCUCCCUGCCAUGACUGAGUCUUUUACUAAAUGGACCAACAGCACUUUCGCUGCAGGAUAAAUCCCAGAAUCUCUGAGCUGCUGCUUCUCUAUUCAGCUUUCAAAAGAAGGAGAGUAUUUUUCUAUUAAGAAGUUGUUUCUUCUGGAGCUCCAUGUUCUCCAUGUCCAGGAGUGCCACAUUUGCUCAGUUUCAUAACGUUUUUUCUAUUUUGUCCUCCACUCUCAUUUAAUUAUCAAAUGCUCCUUAAGGUUCAAAUUACCAGGUUAAGUUGUCUGUUUCUUGUCAGCCAAGAAGACAGCUUGGCACUUUGUUAUCUGUGUAGGCAAGGCUGUUUGACACUGGAAUCAAAUCAUAAAAACACACACACACACACAAAAACCAACCAAACAAACAGAAAACAAAAAAAGUCAAUUUAAAGCUGCAUAAUGUAGAAGAUUUGAAGUUUAUGAGCUAAGGAAUUGCUCAACUUAAAGCCAUGAUAAUUUAAUACCAAGAGAAGUGAGAAUUGAGGCUUUCCUUGCAGAUAGGCAAAUUUGCUACAACCAUAAUACAUUUUAUGAUUUUUUAGCCUGGUGAAUUACUGUUCAUUUUAAAUACACUUGGAUUAAUUCCAUGAGAAAGAAAAGAAGGCACUAUUCAGUCUUGCCCAAGCAGACUCUCUUCUCUGCUUUGCAAGUUAUUUUAACAGAAGCUGACUUCACACCAGUGACUUUCCUUAUUGCUAAGAACUGAUUAAGAGUAUUGGCAAAGAGGAGAGUCAGUCUUCUGCUCAUUAUAAGCCCUGUUUUUUCUAAAGAUUUCUUUUCUCUCUUUUUUAUCUUACUCCCAAGCCUUUCUAAGUAAGGAGUCAGAACAGCUGAAUUCUGAUACUGUUUGAAUAUGGUUCUUUAUUAAGUGAACCUCAGUCUUACUUGCUUAGGCUGUGAGGUUGGAAUGAGACUUAUACCCUGCUGUAUAUGACUGCCUGGUUUCAGAUCUACACACAUAGCAAGUAUUUUAUUCCAUGAUGCUGACAUAUUGCAGUGCCUUUAGUUUUUCUUUGAUUAAUCCAGUUCUGUUCAAACUACAGAUUAACAUAGUUAUCUCUAUAUAUUUAAUUAUAUAUUUCAUACAUGUUUAUAUUUAUGUCUUUUAUUAAAGGGGAUCAACAUGAAGACAAAACCGAACAGCAUUAUUCAUUACCACCCAAUGAAUUAUUUUCACACCUUUGUCCUUUCUGAAUAGCACUCACAAAUGAAAUAAAAGGGCCCACUAAUGGGACAUCGUGGCCAUGACAUUAUCUACAGCCAGUUCAAUCCAAUGUUUUAAAGCCAUUGUGGUAGAUCUAUUAAGACUGCUUCUGUAAGCCAAUUGGGCUUCUUACAGCUCUGAAAUCUGAGAAAUAUUGAUGUGUUGUAAUAGCUGUGAAUAGAUGAGAACCAUUACUACAAUCACACAGUGAUUUGCCAUGUAACUGUGAUACCACAUACAGCACUGCCACCUUAAAAUCCUUAUCUGUAGUCUUAACUGAAGUAAGCUUUGACUAGCAGAAAUGGAAGUUUUUCUGGGAAAGCAGCUCUUGAGCAGCCUCAAAGCAAGAAAACCAAAAUAUAACCUUUAGGUAGAAGCUAGGCUGCUUUAUCUUUAGUCACCAUUCAUGUUUCCCUGUGCAAAAUAAAUAGACAACCUACCUUUCUGUUAGGGCUGGAGUUCCCAUUCCUAUCUGACUACCUUCAAAAUACUGUUAGCUUUUGGUACAGUAAAAAAGUUAAUGAUCAGUCUCAAAUACAGCUGGCUAACUCUGGAAUGACAAGAUCUCAUUGCACACUUUACUGCCAGUAUUAAAGAUUUGGGGUUUUGUUUUUCCUGUGGUGGACAUUUACACGAGUACGAAUAAAUUGCAUGGCAUUUUGAAUCUCAUUAAGUGUACUAAAAACAACAGUGUGACUAUAGUCUUAUCUGCUUUGUUGUUCAGUUUAAUUAAGAGAAUUUAUCACUUGUGGAUCUGUUCAAGUGAGUUGUGUUUCAGAGCUUCAUGCCAUAAGGAUCAGCCCAUGUAGAGUCCAAUGUGCUGAGUUGGCCACUGAUACUCUGGAAGAUUAUUGAGAAACAUGGCCUCUGUUACACACAUCCACCAAGGUCAGCUGUACAGCUCUCAGUCAGAAAUACACAUGUGAACUAUUAGGAAGGAUGGAAGAGUUUGACACAUUUCAACUGUUUUGAGAAGGAAGACCCUUUCAAAAGGCAAGAGCUUAGGGCAGGGUACUUCUCUACUUCCCUGCUUGUGCAACCAGGCAGGGUGCUAAAAUAUUCAAGGGAUUUAUCUUUCAGUCUUACUAACAUGGAUAAUGAUGGUUGUAUUCUUGAGUCUUACCUAUAAGCUGCCCAACAUUUCAUCCUUGGAAUGGCUACUGUAGCAAAGGAUGAAUGGGACAGUUGGAGGAGGAUUGCUUGAGUGAGAGCCUGCAGUGAUUGAAGGCACUAUUUGGUUCCUGGCACAAGCACAGGCCUGCAGGUGUCCAGCUGAAGGGAAAACUCCCGAGCAUACUUCCUGCUACUGCCUCAAAAUCUCUAGAUUGGCAGCACUGAGAAAUGCCCAUUACUAAAACCAUUGUUGCUAUUAAGGAUACAAAAAAUUACACUGCAUAAUUAUCACUACAGCAGUGUGCCUGCAGUAAAUGCCUGUAGAUAUGCUUGUUCGUAGAUUUGCUGGCUGUUGCAAUUUUAGUCAAAUAAUACUUGACAUAGCUUCACUUUACUGUCUUUCUAAUUUUGUCUCAUUGCACUUUGAGCAGCUUGCUGUUCUGUGUAUGUUGUUGUGUUCCUUAAAUACAUCUAAAAAUAACUAAACGCUAUUAUAUUAAGUUAUUGUUUUGGCACAGCAUUAUUUAUUUUCUACUAGGUAAAAGUCAGUUGGGUUCUAUUAAUCCAACAGCAUCCAUGGGAGUUUGCUUAUUGAUCAUUUGUGUUGCAUGUUGGUUUAAGAUACUUUAUGUGGAAACUGUGAAUUACUGCGCUUGAGAGCUGGAAGCGAGAAGGGCACUUCAUUAUCUGUGGUUACUCCAUUUAGCCUUGUAUCCACAGACAGUCAGAGGUCACCAGGGAACAGAGCGAUAUUAGCAACAUCACUGGUAGCAGCAGGGAUAAAGCGUCAUGAUUGAGUUAGGAAAGCAGAAUUUCAUUUGCCUGACAUAUUUAAGAAUUAGGAUGCUGUUAUUCCUACUUAUGUACAUACAGCAGAGAGACUCAGCCAGAUAAAAUCUCAGUUUUACCCAGGAUACACUAGAGUAGUCUAACAUUAGCAUCAGAGUUACUAACAAGUCUAUUUGAUUCAAGGUGGAUGCCACUGGCUUUCCAACUCUUUUUACACAGUGAACAACCUGUAGGCUAUGAAACUGAUGAAAACAUAUACAACAGAAAUAUUUCCCUACUAUCGUAACCAUACUUGUGAGAACCUGAAGCCAGUCACUCCUGAGUACCCUCAAAGAGUACGCAGUUGGCAACCUGUGAAAUCUGGUCUGGAGUUAACAACAGAAGCUACUUCUUAGUUUCUUAGUUUCUUUUUUUUAUGUUCCUUCCAAUGUCAGAAUCUGAAUGAAGUGAAAGCCUAAGCUAAGCUCUUCCAUAAUUUGAUUCCUACCAGGAAUAACAGUGCAGCUCUACAGAAUUAAAUAAGGAAAAUUUUUGGUCCACAUUUUGAGAUGCAAGUAGCAUGGGAGCUCAGUUUAAUCUUCCAUCCUCACAGAAAACUACUGUAGGGAACCUGCUUUGGCAGGGGGGUUGGACUCGAUGAUCUCUGGAGGUCCCUUCCAACCCCUACAAUUCUGUGAUUCUGUGAUUCUGUGGAAAAAAAAAAAACCCAGAACACCUAAUUUGCCCUAGUCUUGACCAGUUAAAAUGAAGAGAAACUUAAUUUCUUAGCAGUUGAAGAAGUUCAGUGAAAAUACAUUUUUCUGGUGUGAUUAAAUUGCUGCAGUAAGUGUUGAGAUAUUUUAGCAUCUUUGGUUUUAUGCUGACAUUAUGAAUUACAGGCAGCCUCUUUCAGUAAAACUUCUCCCACCAGGAGGUGUUCUGCUCUUCUCCACCAAUAGGGAUCUGAAAACAUCCCAUUCCCUUCACGUGGCCCCACCAGUGAGCACGGCACUUUCCUGCUGGUGAACUCUUAAUAUGGGAUAAGAAUUGUAGUUCUGCUUAGUGCCAAAGACACAGCAGUGAUGACUGAGCACCGAUGCUCCAAACUCCUUCCUGCUUUCCAGGAGCAUGCUGCAUCUUCACGUACUACUUUUAUCAUCACCAAUAUAUACUUGUCCUCUUGUCUUGCGUGAAUAAAACUAAAUACUGCAUGAAUCCAUUUAGGGACAUUAGAUUCUUUCACCUUCCAUGAAGGCUUAAUAGCUGAACAACUAACUACCUGUCUAAAGUAUAAGUUGAAGACCUGUAGAGGUAAUGCUUUGUAAAUACGUUUUUAGCCACGUCAGUAGAGUUAGCAAGCACAUUCUGGUGUGGCAGAACUAAUAUUUGUGUACCCCACAGCAACUUCCCUUAGAAGACAGGCAUAUGACAACUAAAUCUCAAAGCACGGGGAUUUUCAUGCCAUCUUCCAUAUCUGGUUUUGUAGAUUAAGUCAUGUUUCUCUGGUACAUGUUCACUUGGAAAAACCUAAAGCAAUCUUGUAAACAGACAACAAGAAUAAACGCUGAUUUUGUUUACUAUA